GUAAAGAUGAGCCCAGCAGCUACACGUGUACAACUUGUAAACAGCCUUUCAACAGCGCCUGGUUCCUCUUGCAGCAUGCACAGAACACACACGGCUUACGGAUCUACCUAGAAAGCGAGCAUGGCAGCCCCCUGACGCCACGGGUUGGUAUCCCAACAGGACUAGGUGCAGAGUGCCCUUCCCAGCCACCUCUCCACGGGAUUCACAUUGCAGACAAUAACCCUUUUAACCUGCUCAGAAUACCCGGCUCUGUCUCGAGGGAGGCAUCAGGGCUGGGAGAAGGGCGUUUCCCACCCACGCCGCCCCUCUUUAGCCCUCCCCCGAGGCACCAUUUGGAUCCGCAUCGUAUUGAGCGCCUGGGUGCGGAAGAAAUGGCUCUGGCCACCCAUCACCCUAGUGCCUUUGACAGGGUGCUGCGACUGAACCCCAUGGCGAUGGAGCCCCCCGCUAUGGAUUUCUCCCGGAGGCUGCGGGAGCUGGCCGGCAACACUUCCAGCCCACCCUUGUCCCCGAGCCGGCCCAGCCCUAUGCAAAGGUUACUGCAGCCCUUCCAGCCCGGCAGCAAGCCCCCAUUCCUGGCCACGCCACCCCUUCCUCCUCUGCAGUCCGCUCCUCCUCCCUCACAACCACCCAUGAAGUCCAAGUCCUGCGAGUUCUGCGGGAAGACCUUCAAGUUUCAAAGCAACCUGGUGGUCCACCGCCGGAGCCACACUGGGGAGAAGCCCUACAAGUGCAACCUCUGUGACCACGCCUGCACGCAGGCCAGCAAGCUGAAGCGCCACAUGAAGACCCACAUGCACAAGUCCUCCCCCAUGACGGUGAAGUCAGACGAUGGGCUCUCAACUGCCAGCUCCCCUGAGCCGGGCACCAGCGACCUAGUGGGUAGUGCCAGCAGUGCCCUCAAGUCCGUGGUGGCCAAGUUCAAGAGCGAGAAUGACCCCAACAUGAUCCCCGAGAAUGGGGAUGAAGAAGAGGAGGAAGAGGAGGAAGAGGAGGAGGAGGAAGAAGAGGAAGAGGAGGAGGACUUGAAUGAGAGCGACAGGCCAGACUAUGGCUUCGGGAUGAGCCUGGAGGCGGCCCGCCACCACGAGAACAACUCGCGGGCUGGUGAGGAGGGCCGGUCGAUGCCGGAUGUCAUGCAGGGCAUGGUCCUGAGCUCCAUGCAGCACUUCAGCGAGGCCUUCCACCAGGUCCUGGGGGAGAAACACAAGCGGGGCCACCUCCCCGAGCCCGAGGUGCACAGGGACACUUGCGACGAAGACUCGGUGGCCGGCGAGUCCGACCGCAUUGAUGAGGGAGCGGUCAACGGCCGGGGCUGCUCCCCAGGGGAGUCCGCCUCGGGAGGCCUGUCCAAAAAGCUGCUGCUGGGUAGCCCCAGCUCCCUGAGCCCCUUCUCCAAACGCAUCAAGCUGGAGAAGGAGUUUGACCUACCGGCCGACGCCAUGCCCAACACCGAGAACGUUUACUCCCACUGGCUGGCAGGGUUCGCCGCCUCCCGGCAGCUGAAAGACCCCUUCCUCAGCUUCGGCGACUCCCGACAAUCGCCCUUCGCCUCCUCCUCCGAGCACUCCUCAGAGAACGGCAGCCUGCGCUUCUCCACGCCGCCGGGUGAGCUGGACGGAGGAAUCUCAGGCCGCAGCGGCACUGGAAGCGGAGGGAGCACCCCCCAUAUUAGUGGCCCGGGCCCUGGCAGGCCCAGCUCAAAAGAGGGCAGACGCAGCGACACUUGUUCGGCGUACCCCCCCAGCUGGCGCAGCACCCAGGGAGCCCCGGAUGUCUGGCAGUUUUCGGAUGGAAGUUCAAGAGCACUUAAAUUCUGA